UUGAUCACUAAGCAUUUCCCAUUACCCAUUUUUCAGUAGUUAUUUGAUCACAACAUAUGGCUUCUUUCAGCUCAGAUCAUCAUGAUCAUGGGAAUCCAGAGAUUCUAGUACAAGAAAAUAAUCCAUUCAUUAGGACAUUGACACUCCACCAGCCUAAAAAAUUGAAUGUUAUCUCCAAUCCCAUGAUCUUCCGAUUGUUUGAGCUCUUCCUCAACUUCGAGCACGAUGCCUUUGUCAAGUUAGUCAUUCUCAAAGGUAGCGGAAAAGCUUUUUGUGCUGGUGGUGAUGUUGUGUAUGUAGCACGUCAUCUCUACAAUGUCAAUUUGAGACCUACUCUCAAUUUUUUCAAAAUUCGAUACACUCUAAUGUAUUUCCUAGCAACAAAAACUGUUGGAAUGAUUUCAUUUCUUAAUGGAAUCACUAUGGGGAGUGGGGCAGGUAUUUCUAUACACGGUAGCUUUCGUGUAGCAACGGAGAAGACAGUGUUUGCUAUGCCAGAACCAGUUAUUGGAGGGUUUCCUGAUGUUGGUUCCUUUUACUACGUUUCAAGACUUCCUGGAUUCUUUGGAGAGUAUCUUGGUCUUACAGGUGCUAGAUUGGACGGUCCUGAAAUGCUUGCUUUGGGUCUAGCAACUCACUAUGUUCCCUCAUCUAACUUGGGUUUGCUAGAAGAAGCCUUAAUAAGAAAACUAGGCGCCUCUUCAACUAAUACAAGCUCAACUGAUGACUAUGCUAUUAUUUCAGCUAUUCUAGAUGAAUACUCUGAGCAACCAGCUCCAAAAACCAAGAGUGCUUACCACUAUAUGGAUGUUAUUGACAAGUGUUUUUCUCAAUCAACAAUGGAAGACAUAUUAAGUAGCCUAGAGAAUGAGCUUGCUACCAUAAUCAACAUAACUGAUCACCAUGAAUGGUUAUCGUCAGCAAUUCAAUCACUAAGACAGGCAUCACCAACAAGUUUGAAGAUUACUUUAAGAUCGAUUCAAGGAGGAAGGCGGCUUCAAGGAGUUGGUGAGUGCAUUGUUCGCGAAUAUAGAAUUAUUUCUCAUGUUUUGCAUGGGUAAAUCAACAAGGACUUCAUGGAGGGUUGCAGAGCUAUGUUGUUGGACAAAGAUAAGAACCCAAAGUGGAAGCCUUCUAGAUUGGAGCUCGUCACGGACUAGAUGGUUGAGCACUACUUCUUUAGGUUGGAUGAUGAUGAAGAAUUAAACCUCCCUCAAACAUUCAAUUUGCCUGUCACUGCCAUUUCCAAGAUUUAAGAAUAAGAAGAUUAUCAAAAAACUCAUCAAAAGCUAGCAACUUCUAUAGUAAAGAAAGAAUAAACUUGGCUGGAAAGAUAUGAAAUGUUCUGGUUAUAUUAAAAUGCAUAGAUCCAUUCAUAAUUUACAACAACCUGAUCGAGUUGGGAUCACUAGAUAAUUAUCGGUUCAUCUUGUACUCCUAUAUAAUAUACUAGAAAAUAUCUCCUUUCUAAUGUAAUA